AUGGACUUUGAAAUCGAUAAUCUCACUGUCAUUCUUCUCUUCCUCCUCGCUACGUUGUUGAUCUAUCAUCGAUUCUUCUCGACACCUCAACCACUCGUUCAUCCUUUAUUGCUAGGAAAGCAGAGUGAGGUUUCUACUAUCAGGAAAAGCGGUGAGACUGGUGUAUAUAGAUCUUGGGCUACAGGUCAAGGUGCUCCUUUGACAGUCCGGCCCGCGAAUUCUGUUAAAGUAGUUCAGGAUGUAGUCAAUGGACCUAAAGCUUCAGACCAUAGAAAGCAAAGGUAUAUCCUCGAUGUUCCUCUUACCGACGAAGCUUUAACCGAAAUCAUCCGACUUAUCCCUCUGGGUUUAUCACUCCUUUUCCCUAACGAAUCGACAGCGAAUCCUUCUUCAUCUUCACCCAUCGUCACUCUUCUCCCACCUUCACCCACUACUUCCCUUCCCUUACUCUUGCUGUCAAUCUCUGCGACUCCGGAUAGACCGUUGGUGAUACUCCCUUCACCUCGACUUCUCGCUCCAGCAUUGAAAGGCACCGGUCACCCAGCCCCCGGUAUCAUAGUCAUCCAUAUCAGUUUACUGGAAGAUGUCAUCGAACAGGUUUAUGAAGAUUGUGGUUCUACAGUCGGCAUACUGAUAGUUGGUGAUCCUCAGAAGACUGGCGAGGAUUCAGUCAAAGCUGCUCAAGGAAAAGGUUUAAAUGUGAAAUGGUGGGAAGAAAUUUGGGAGAUUGCCGAGUCUUCUGAAGCUGAAAAGUUGGAUAAACAACAAAGUCAUUAUGGUGAUAUUCACAGCUAUUACUAUUCCGAAAAAGAUGAUCAAAUAAGCGUGGUCAAAGCUACUCAUCUAAAUGUUACAGCUGGAAUAGCAUCUCUCUUAUCCCUUUUCCCGGCGGAUAAAAGGCCUACUGCGGCUUUACACGAUACUGUAGCUAGUGCUGUCCCAUUGACAACACCUUUAGGGAUGACCAUCGCUCUUGCCAGUGUCUGGACAGGGGCCGGAUUCAGGUUAAUUGGGAAUCAUGAACCUAUAUGGGAUCCCGAGGAUGUGGAUCAUGCUGCUGAGCUGGAGAUCUUAGCGGACAAGGAGAAAGGACUACCUAAACCAACCAUCUUGUUCAUUACUCCAAAACAUCAUCAUGCUCUUCUCGAUCGACUUCAGUACACAUACAGCUCUCAUCCAUUCGCUACACUUGCUGCCAGACAUAAAGGUCAUUCUAUCCGGGCUGGACAUGUAGAUAGAGACAGUUUAUGGGACAAGGUAAUUUGGUCAGGUAUGAGAGAAAAUGUCUUAGGUGGUAUUGCAGGUCAAAGACUGAGAGGUGUCAUCCUAGUAGGAGAUGCACCACCUCCAACUGCGCUAGGAGCAUCGCAUCUUUUACUCUCAUUACCCUUAACUAGACUACAUUCUUCUCCUUAUUCGACAGGACCAGUGUUUGUGACUCAUUUCUAUGAUCUUCAAUCUCCUGGAGUAUCACACAUACUUAAAGAGGUAGAUUUAUGGGAACCGAAAACGUCAAAUGAAAAUGGAAAGGAGAAACUGGAUAAAGUACAUUCUGGACCUCCCGCUUCCAACAUCGAAGUCUUACUGAAAGGUGACAAAGUUGAUGAAGCUCAUGAUGAAGAAGGAAGACAUAUAGAAGGUAGAGUUUGGAUAAGAGGUCCAGGUGUAUUAGAGAGAGUUGAUGGGAGUGGUCAAGUGAUUGAGGGUUGGGUGGAUAUAGGUGAACAUGCUAGAGUGCAAACGAACGGAACGUUCAUCAUCGACCAUCCGGCUUCGGCCACAUGA